AUGUCUGAUUCUGAAAAGGGCGCUGCUAUCAAUCAUCGAGAGGAGGCUGACAUGACUCCCAAGCAAGGUGUCGAGGUUGACACCGUCCAUCAGGAUGAGGCGAUGAAAGUCCUUGAGGCGUAUGCGGGUGAUGAGGCCUGGACUGAGGCGGAGGAGAAGAAGUUGCGCCGCAAGAUUGAUUGGAAGCUCAUGCCUGUUCUUUGUGCUACAUACGGACUGCAGUACUACGACAAGGCUAUGUUAUCUCAAGCUGCUUUGUUCGGACUUAGAGAAGAUCUUGGUCUUCUCACCGGAGAUCGAUAUUCCAUGUCGGCUGCCAUUUUCUAUCUCGGUUUCAUCAUUGGAGCUUAUCCAGCCAUGAUUCUCGCACAGAGAUAUCCCAUCGAACGGGUUGCUUCCGGCAUUGUCACACUUUGGGGUGUCUGCCUCAUCUUGACUGUAGUGUGCAAGGACUACAAGACUCUCUAUACUCAACGUUUCUUCCUUGGCUUGCUGGAAUCCGGUAUUUCUCCCAUGUUUAUGAUGAUUGUCGGAAGUUUCUAUAAGAAAAACGAACAGGCCAUGCGCAUGGGUAUCUGGUACUCUUGCACCGGCUACGUCUCGAUCAUCUCCCCUAUCAUCAACUACGGAUUCGGUCAAAUCAACGGAGGAGUAUCCUCUUGGCGCUACAUGUACUACUUCUCUGGUGCUCUCACCAUCGUCUGGGGCAUCAUCCUCGUCUUCGUCCUUCCUCCCGAUCCUGUCCGUGCCAAAGGCUUCAACGAGAGAGAACGAUAUAUCCUGGUUGCGAGACUCAAGACCAACAACUCUGGUGUCCGCAACACUCAUCUCAAGGUUGCUCAGAUCUGGGAACUCCUGCUUGACCCCAAGUUCUGGACCGUCUUCUCUAUUGCUUUCCUGUCUAUGAUUGCCAAUGCCCCUAUUUCGACUUUCGUUCCUAUCAUCAUCCACGGUUUCGGCUUCAGUACUCUCAACUCUCUCUUGCUUAUGAUGCCUUGUGGCGCAUAUGCUGGAACACUUCAGCUUCUGUUCCCCUACCUGGCGUACAAAUUCAAGAACAACAGGUCCUACUUGGUAUUUAUUGCUCAGAUGGGCACUGUCCUCGCCGCUUUGUUGCUCUGGCUUCUUCCACUCUCAGCUACAGGCGCAUUGCUUUUUGCAGUGUACAUUCUCCCAUCUGUUGGCGGUGGAUAUGCAGUUUUGAUGGGCCAUCAGAUUGCCAACACUGCGGGAUACACCAAGCGAUCCGUUGCCUCAUCCGGUCUCUACAUCGGCUACUGUCUCGGUAACUUCGUUGGUCCUCUCUGCUUCAAGAAGGGAGACGCACCUCGCUUUGAGCCCGGCUUCAUUGUUGUCGUCGUUACUUCCAUCAUCGCCGGUCUCCUUGCUCUUGUUUACCGCGGUCUAUGCAUGUGGUCAAACAGCAAGCGCGAUAAGUCUGGAACCACCGAAGGGUUUGAUCAUGCCUAUGAGGACGACCUCACUGACAAGAAGAACAUGCAAUUCCGCUACAUCCUCUAA